UUGGAGCCUCAAGGUCUGUUGGUGGCUGGGAAGGAGAGAGUCUCCAUAGGAUCCGGAGAGGGACAGAUCUGCCUGGAUCGUUGUCCAGAGGGAAUUAAAGGGGGCUGACCACGGAACUCUCCUUGGCCAUCCAAAGACUCCCCACAUCAUUCCAAGCAAUCCACACGGACCCCGGCCAGAGAAAUGUCCCUGCAUUCCCAACCGUCCCCAAUGUAGAGGUCACUGCCCUCAGAACUCCUCAGAGAACACCUUAACCUGAACAAACUUAUGUUCGUGAAACCUGUCCAAUCACCUCUCAGGAACCCCCUCCCCCCGCCCCACACACACACACACACACACACUGUCCAUUAGGCCCACACAUCAACAUAGAGUCCACCAUUAAGACAAUGGCGCUCUGUCUCGGACAAGUCUUCAGCAAAGACAAAACGUUCAGGCCUCGGAAGCGCUUCGAGCCUGGGACCCAGCGCUUUGAACUAUACAAGAAGGCCCAGGCCUCUCUGAAGUCCGGCCUGGACCUGAGGAAAGUGGUCCAGCUUCCUGAAGGAGAGAACAUCAAUGACUGGAUCGCCGUGCAUGUGGUGGACUUCUUCAACCGCAUCAACCUAAUCUACGGCACGGUCAGCGAGUUCUGCACCGAGCGCACCUGCCCCAUCAUGUCUGGGGGCCUGCGCUAUGAGUACCGGUGGCAGGACGGAGACGACUACAAGAAGCCCACCAAGCUGCCUGCCUUGAAGUACAUGAACCUGCUGAUGGACUGGAUUGAGACCAACAUCAACAAUGAGGACAUCUUCCCCACAAGAGUAGGUGUUCCUUUCCCUAAGAACUUCCAGCAGGUGUGUAAGAAGAUUCUGAGCCGUCUUUUCCGGGUCUUUGUGCAUGUCUACAUCCACCACUUUGACAGCAUCUGCAGCAUGGGCGCCGAGGCUCACAUCAAUACCUGUUACAAACACUACUACUACUUCAUCUCUGAGUUCAGCCUCAUCGAGCACUCAGAACUGGAGCCCCUGAGGGCAAUGACAGAGAAGAUCUGUAACUAAACCACUUGGAAAAUGGAGUUUACAUCAUUUCAGCAUUCCCUGUGGCCUUCAAGAGACCCACAGCUUCAAUACAACCAAACAGUCAAACUAAAGGAAUGGAUUUUGAGUGGAUUUGAAGAACUAAAGUGUUAUCCAUCCCAAGCAUUACAACGUUUGUUCAUAAAGUGACAUUUUCAGCCAAUAGUCUAUAUGUUUUAUGAAAAAGGACUGUUCUGCUUCCUAUAGUGCUGUGACAUGAUGUAGCACUCCAGUCUUCUGAGCUUUAUUGUAAUUUUAGUCAUUUUUAGUAAUAACUAUUCUAGCUCUGUUUUAUUAAGCAUGUAUAGUUCUUGACAUCAUCAACUUUGGACAUGUUUGCGGCUUUGAGGUGUUUGAGACAUUUUGUAAUGGAUGGAAGGUCACAACCAUAGAGAUAGAUAGAGGACUCAUCUUUAUAUCUGUGCAAUUAUAGAGUCUGUGACAGCAUGGGCAUUGAGGCAUGGGCAUUGACAGCAUGGGCAUCUCCAUUUUGAAGUAGUACAUUUUCUUCUUCGCAAUUGGGUGAUUCCUCCUGAUGACCUGAUUGGACAUAACUCCAACAGGGCCACCAAGAGGGAUCAACCAAUGAAGUUGGAAGUCCAGCCCAGUUGACCCCAUUAAAAUGGUGGAAGCUCUCAAUAGAGCUGCCCAUGCUAAUACGGGCUUUUGGCCACUAGAGGCCUCUAUCAUUCUCUAUGGUCACAACACAAGACCUGUCUCCAGUGUUUUGCAUUUUUGUGACAAAUAUGUGUUGAAUGUGUCCUAGCCAGACAACUUGAAAAACAUACAUUGUGUGAUGUGUCCAGGGAUGUACAGAAUGACAAGUAUGGACUCAUACUGUGAAUUACUGACUUCAUUUUAAUUUACACAAAACCAGUUUAAACCUUACUCUGUGAGACUGAUCUGAUGUGUAACUGAUUCAAUUUCCAAGUAUUAAGAGCCUCUUUUACCCUUCCUGGCCUCUCCUGUUGAGUUAAUUGUGUUCAUUUUUGAGGAAAAUUAUUCAUCUUAAAAUACUCAUGACUCAUUAAUAUAACUUGCACUACAAAUAUAUUUUAUUUAACCUUUAUUUAACUUAAAUAGGACGCCCUAGACUAUAAUUUAACCUACCUUGUAUAUUUUCCAUGAAUGAGGGUGCUGUCAUACACCAGAAAUUCCCUAUU